AUGUCGUUUAUCCAUACUGCAUCCGUAGAAUGCGCCAAAUCAGAACUGGAUCUUUUUGAAAUAAAGCCUACUCAGACCAGCAUAGAAAAAAGCCUGUAUGUGGAAGUACAACCGUUGGCCGCCAUUUCGGAAACUUCACCACUCGAAUUCUACAUAGCAGGAAGCGGUGAACAUUAUUUCGAUUUGAAUAACACGCUGUUGUACAUUACGUGUAAAAUUGUUAAAAAUGACAAUACGCCGAUUGCAGAUGGAGCACGAGUGAGUCUAAUCAACUACCCGAUAGCGACACUGUUUAAUCAGCUAGAUGUUACACUCGGGGAUAGGCUGAUAUCACAAUCUAAUAAUCUCUACGCUUACCGAGCCUACAUUGAAACACUGCUCAAUUACAGCGCUGAUGCUUUAUCAACUCAGUUUACAGCCGGAUUAUUUUACAAGGAUACUGCGGGAAAACAUCAAGACAGAGUUUUGGAUGGUGACAACACAGGAUUUACAAAGCGGGCACAUAUGACAGCACGCAGUAAAACUGUUGAAUUACUUGGACAUCUACAUAGUGAUCUAUUUUUUCAGGACAAACUAAUACUGAACGGUCUGGAUUUGAAAAUAAAGCUUACCAGAAAUAAAGACACGUUUUGUUUAAUGUCCGCAGACGCUGAACCGUAUAAACUUCAAAUUCUAAAUGCAUCUCUGUUUGUUAAAAGAGUCCAGAUAUCCCCGGCAGUGCGAAUAGGUCACGCGCAAGGCCUUCUAACAGGCAACGCUAAAUAUGCCAUAGAGCGCGCUAGUAUGAAAGUGUUCAGCGUACCCACAGGCAGUCGUGUUUGCAAUCAGGAAAAUAUAUUCUUGGGACAGAUUCCAAAGCUGGUCAUAUUAGCAUUUGUCGACAAUGAAGCUUUUUCAGGCGCUUAUGACAGAAAUCCCUUGUGUUUCAAACACCAUAAUGUGAAUUUUGCGGCACUCUAUCUGGAUGGUGAACAAAUACCUGCAAAGCCUUUUCAACCUGAUUUUGAACAUUCUAACGCAGUGCGUGAAUAUAUGUCAUUUUUAUUAUUGGCACAGAAGAAUUGUGGUGAUUCUGGAAUUAUAAUUAACAGAGAAGAAUUUGUGGCCGGAUAUACAUUAUUCGCCUUUGAUCUAUCACCUGAUCAGGAAUGCAGUAGCCAUUUUUCACUCAUUCGUAGCGGUAACCUAAGGGCGGAAAUACGUUUUUCGAGGGCCCUGGAACGCACUGUAAAUUUGCUUGUCUAUGGACUGUUUGAAAACAUUAUUGAAAUUAAUCAAAGACGGGAGGUUCUUUAUGAUUUUCUCUAA